AUGGCCCAACCACAGCUUAAGUUGACUUACUUUGAUGCCAAGGGCCGUGCUGAACUUGCGCGUAUGAUCUUCAACUAUGGCGGCAUUGCGUUCACGGACGAGCGCAUCACGUUUGCCGAUCUUCCGUCGCUCAAGCCUGAAUUGCCGCAUGGACAGGUACCCGUGCUUAGUGUUAACGGCACGGUGUACGCUCAAAGCAUGGCUAUUGUCCGUUACGCAGCCAAUCUGACGGGUUUGUACCCGAGUGACCCGCUACAAGCACUCAAGGCUGAUAUGUUUUCGUACUCGCUAGAUGAGCUGGAAGCUCCUUAUGUAGAAGCAUUGUAUUUCACGCAAGACGAGACGGCAAAGGCUCAAAAGAAGAAAGUCUUAAUUGAAGAGACGGUGCCCACGCUCUUAGCAGCACUCGACAAGAUGGUGACUGGCAAGUUUAUUGCCGGUGACAACCUUUCAUUUGCUGACAUCAAGUUACUCGACAUGCUCGACAACCGCCUGAAGUCGGCAUUCCCAGACUUCAAUGUGGACAAGUUUCCGAAACUUGCUGCGGUACUGACCAACGUCAAAGCGGAUCCCAAGAUUGCAGCGUAUUUGUCCAAGCAGUAG